UGAUGAGGAGGACCAGACCCAGGCCAUGGAGCUUGUAGAGACCAGGCCUUCAGAGGACAGAACGUUCCAGAAGUGGGUGGCCCUUGUGUUGCCUUCUGGAGACGAGCAGAGACACGUGUGCCACGUGCAGCACCAGGGGCUGCCUGAACCCCUCUUCCUGAGGUCCGGUGUGGAGAGAUCUGAGGGGGAACCUUCUUCUCAGGGAAGUAGGAGCCCUUCUGGGGACUUUCAGCAGGGUCAGGGCUCAGAUGUGAGGUCAGGGCCCCUCACUCUCCUUUCCUCCUCAAAGCCGUCUUCCCAGCCCAGCAUCCCCAUCAAGGGAGCACUUGCUGGCCAGCUUCUCCUUGCAGCUGCUGUCAGUGGGGUUGUGUUUGCAGGAGUUCAGAUUGCUGGAACUUUGCCUGCAAGAACUGUGCUCUAGAACACCAAGAACUCAGGUUAGGAAGGGAUUCUGGGUUUCAUUAUUCUGACCCAAGGGUCUCUCACCUCAGGGGUUGAAUUGCAGCUCCUGUCCUCGUGACUUCUGGAGCCAACAUGCAGACAUCCUGUUGUGCAGCAAAGCGUGGAGGGACCCUGGCUGGUGGGAGGCCAGCUGAGAAAGUGCAGGUGCCCCUCCCACCUCAGGGGAUAUAAGAGACAGGACAGCUCUCCAUCUGCACAUGAGUAAGAAGAGGCUGAGGUGAUGAGUGUUGGGGAGAAGUGGUCCUCAUCCUCUUGGAAGAAAGAAACAGGAGCUGCAUGUGUGGACUCUCUUCCUUCCCAGGAUUUUGCCUUAAUAAGUGUGUCAGAUACCAUUUUAAGGGACUUACAUGAAUCAAAUUAUUUAAAUCUCAUAAGAGUCCUCUGAGAUAGGGACAACAAUUAACCCCAUUUUACAGACAAGGAAACUGAGUCCUCUGAGAGCUUGGCUGGCCCUCAGCUGGCUGAGCCAUGUCUCUAAGGCAGCGGUCUGACCGCUGCACCCAGGUCUGUACUCACUCUGCUGUGUUGACUCCCAUACACUGUUCACCAGCCUCACUAAGGGUCACCUCCUCUGGGGGCUCUGACAGCUUCCCUGUCCCCUCUGGGCUCUGAGACUGGCUGGGAGUCUAUUGCGUUUCUCACACUCCCUAUAGGUGUGUCCAUGGGGUCUGAAGUGACAGGAGAGUUGGUUCUACAUUGGCUGCUGCAGUGUGUUUGCCGGAGGUGGUGGGAAGUGAGGGUCACAUCUGGGCUGUAGGACCGCAGUGGUGUUUGCAUCUGGGUGUGAGCUGGGCUUUCCAGAUGCUGAAGGGUGAAGACCAGCAGGGGCCGUGCAGAGUUUACUCAUCACUGUGUUAUUUCACAGCCUGAAACCACGGCCCCUCGUGGGCCUGAGAGUCACAGGGGUGUUCACGCAUCUCCUUCCCAUCCCUGCUGCCCUGACUGCUCUUCUUCCAGCUGACUUUCUGGGAACAUCUGCUGUCCAAGGUGACACAUGAGGAGGGGUCUGGCCACACCCCUGCUCACCAGCACUUCCUCCCACCCUGCCUGCUGCUCCCUUCUGGGGCCUCCUGGAUGAAGUGAGAGGACAGCAAGUAGGAUAGACAGAGAAGUUGAUAUUAUGCUGGUAAAGAGAAAGCAGAACGUCUGUCACCAAGAAAUGGAAAGGGUUGCCUUAGGGAAGAAGACUGAGUAGUUUCUUGGGGGCUGUUACACUGGCAGCCUCAGACUUCUGCUGGAUGUUGACAGGAGGCUGACCUUAAUUUCUUGCCAUGUAGGACUUUCCAACGCAGCUGCUUCCUUCCUCAGAGCUUGCAAGCAGUGAAGACAGUAGAAAGUCAGCCAGCAAGAUGGGGUCUUGCUCUUCUAUGAUUUAAUCUCAGGAGUGACAUCCCCGUUGUCAUAUUCUAUUGGUCAGAAGCAAGUCCCAGGUCCCACCCACACUCAGGGGUGGAGAGCCACAGGGUGUGAACCCCAGGAGGCAGGGAUCCUUGGGUAGAUCCUUGGUAUCUCAGAGUCUGUCUGCACUGGGACAUUCCAGGUCAGAGAAGCAGGAGCACGAGGUAGUGAGGACUCUGCCACGGAUUGCACAGUCACUGAACAGUCAUUGUCACUGUGGGUCCGCCUCAGGCAGGAUGAUCUGCAGAACUGACUCGUGUUUAUCACGGCACCGACCUGGAUACAAGAAUCAAUGUUUUCAUCGGAAAGGUUUCUCUCCAGGUCUGUGGGAAUCUGAGAGGGUCCCCUCUGAAUAUUUGCCCCCUUACUUUUCAAACCUCCUACACCUCUAGGAAAGUGCUGUCACUAAAGUCACCCACAUUUUUCUUCCCUGUGUCAUCCUGCCAGCAAACCCUGGGCUCCCAUUAUGCCUCCCAUCUUACUUUCAUACAGGAUCCCAGAGUCACUCCUUGUGAUUCUAGUUUGUUGGUUUCUUCCCCUUCAUCCAGAUUAUUUCUUAGUGAUUUUCUCUCGUGUUGAUUACUCAGCUUCAUUAGGAAAUUGUGUUCUCUAACUAACCCUUUCUACUAAUUUUUGGACCAAAUGGGCCAAGGUCGUCUCUCCAAUCCUCAGCUCACGUCCCACACAGGGACAGGAUAAGAGUGGGGCUCCUGGGAAGUCAUGGACUGGCACAGACCCUCAUCGGGGUGAGACAUUUAAGUCACCAAGGCAUAGACCUUAGCUUUCUUUAUGUGCCCGGCAGGGGGCACCACACCCGGCACACAGUAUGCUCUCAAUCAGCUCCCUCCCUCCUGGAAGCUGUUUCCCAGACAACUAAUUAUAGACUAUGUUGCAUUUACCAGGUCAUUUCACUCCAUCGUGAGUUCCUUGAUGUGUCACUCACUGAGGCCCAGCACAGAGCCUGACAUCUAGUAACCGCCUAAUAAAUGAUUACUAAAUGAGUGUGGGGUUUUCUUUGGUCAUUCAACAUUUAUUUCAACUUACUAAUACAUGCAUAAAGUUUUAAAAAUUCAUAUGACAUAAAGGAUAUACAGUGAAAAGUAAAUUUCCUCCUCCAUCCCAUCCAAAACCCUUCCAAAUUCCCUCCCUGGACACAGUAACUGUUACCAGUUUCGACAGUAUCAUAGAGAGCGAUUUCAUUUUAUCAGGUGGUAUUUAUCACAUAUUCUAUCUGCAGUUUUGUUAUCAAUUAGCAAUAUAUUCUAAGAUUAUUCUAUUUUUAAAAUACAAAUCUGGCUCAGCUUAAGAUAUUGAUAAUAACAAUUCUCCACUGCUGAUUUAAAAAAAUUUAAGUAUAGCAAAAAUCAUCUCUCUUCCAUAGUAAUAGAGUUUUUUUCUGGACAAAGUCACCCAGAUUAAAAAUACAUUCGGGACUUCCCUGGUUGCGCAGUGGUUAAGAAUCCGCCUGCCAAUGCAGGGGACACGGGUUCGAUCCUUGGUCCCCGAAGACCCCACAUACCGCGGAGCAAAUAAGCCUGUGCGCCACAACUACUGAAGCCCGUACCCCACAACUACUGAAGCCUGCGCGCCUAGAGCCCGUGCUCGCAUCAAGAGAAGCCACCGCAAUGAGAAGCCCCCGCACUGCAACUAAGCGGAACUAGAGAAAGC